AUGGGGGUCGCAAAGAAGACUCGCAAGUUCGCCGCCGUCAAGCGAGUCAUCGGACAACGCGAUGCGCGACUGAAGAAGAACAUAUUGAAGGAGGAAAAAGAGCAAGAAAGCAAAAAGAAGGACAAGUCUGGCGAGCUUGUGAGGGAAAUACCGCAAGUGCCGUCAUCCAUGUUCUUCCAGCACAAUACAGCACUCCAACCGCCAUAUUCAGUACUCGUAGACACGAAUUUCCUCUCGCACACAGUCCACCACAAGCUACCUUUACUCCCGACCCUCAUGGACACGCUAUACGCAACAUGUACUCCGGUCAUUACGAGCUGUGUCAUGGCUGAGUUGGAGAAGUUGGGACCGAAGUACAGAAUCGCGUUGCAGAUAGCAAGAGAUGAGCGGUGGGAACGAUUGAAGUGCGAUCACACCGGCACUUACGCGGAUGAUUGCAUCGUGACACGGGUAAUGCAGCAAAGAAUAUAUUUGGUCGCGACGAAUGAUAGAGACCUGAAGAGACGACUGCGCAAGAUCCCUGGCGUGCCGAUCAUCAGUUGUGCAAAGGGCAAGUAUGUAAUUGAGCGCUUGCCAGAUGCGCCGGGAACGUGA